GAAGGCGGUGUGGGAUAUUCGUUUCAAAUGUCUAUGUGCGAUGAAUGUUGGUGAGGAAAUACCAGCUAGGUGUCUUGGUGAAACGGGAGCUCUGAGCUUCAAGAAACCUACGGAACAAGAUUUUAGAGAUACACAGGAACUAGAGGCUAGCCUUGCUCAACUUAAUAUUUUUGAAACUCAAGAGGAGAUAUCACAGAGACGUGAAGCUCUCGUUAGGUUGCAGGAAAUUUCAAAUGCAUGGAUUCGUCAAAAAGCACUGGAACAAAAUCUCCCCGCACAUGUUGCUAAUUCUACAACUGGGAAAAUUUUCACUUUUGGUUCAUAUCGUUUAGGUGUAAAUUUCAGGGGUGCCGAUAUUGAUUCUUUACUGGUCGUCCCACGGUUUAUAACACGCGAGGAGUUUUUCGGUGAUUUUCAGACUGUAUUAGCGGAAAAUUCUAAUGUGGAAGACUUACACGCUGUUGUGGAUGCCUUUGUUCCUGUACUUAAAAUGAAAUUUAUGGGAGUUGAAAUCGACCUUUUAUUUGCUCAAAUUGAUCAAAUGUCUAUACCGGAAAACUUUAGUCUUUGUGAAAACACAGAGGUGCUCAUGCGAAAUAUGGAUGAACGAGAUGUGCGCAGUAUUAAUGGUGUUCGUGUUACAGAGGACAUUCUCAAUCUUGUGUACAAUAAAAAUUCUUUUAAAGUAGCCCUAAAGGUUAUACGAAUAUGGGCUAAGCGUCGUAAUGUCUAUUCAAAUGCAUUGGGGUUCCUCGGUGGCGUGUCUUGGGCAAUUUUAGUUUCUCGAAUUUGCCAACUUUAUCCGUACGCUACGCCAUCCAUGAUCGUCUAUCUAUUUUUUACCAUAUUCAGUCAAUGGCCUUGGCCGAAACCUGUUAGGUUGCGGGAGUGUGAGUAUAUUGCAAGUUUGUGCUUACCUGUCUGGGAUCCGAGACUUAAUCCUUCUGAUCAAUAUCACUUGAUGCCUAUAUUGACUCCAAGUUACCCAUCCCAAAAUUCAACGUACAAUGUACAGCGAAGUAAUCGCAUUAUUAUUGAAAGGGAAUUAAAACAAGGUUUGAAUGUUGUCAGGGCUUCAAUGAUGCACAAGGGUUCCUGGUCAAACCUAUUUGAAGCAGCCUUUUUCUUUCAAUAUCGACACUAUGUUGUUGUCAUCGUCGUUGGAAACACUAAACAUACUUUCAUCGAAUUAUGUGGUUUGGUGGAAUCCAGAUUGCGUGUUCUUGUUAGCAAUUUCGAGGUAAACCGUUAUGUCAAAAUGGCACAUGUAAACUGUCAUGCCUACGGAAAAGGUCCUAAUGAUGAUGAUGCUAAUUUUGUUCGUAAAUGGUUCAUUGGGAUGGAAUUCGAUCGUAAUACUAAUUCUUUGACCAGCACUGUUCAUAAUCCAAAUGUCUCUAGUGAUAAAGCUACCCUGAACGUAGACCUGAGUGAGAAUAUCAGCUCUUUUGAAAAAUCAAUUGAACGUGGUCUUUCAAGUGAAGACUUAUCAGUAACCGUUAAAUAUGUCAAAAAGUCACAAUUAGCUCAGUUCAUUUCUGCAGAAGAUAUGGAUGAAAUUAAACGUCAAGCUGCUUCUGCCGCUUUAUCAAAUGUAAAUAUUCCUACUGAAAGUCUAAAAAGUGGCCGUUUACUUCCGAACAGCAACACAUUGAACUCAAUAUCCAGUCCAGCCAGCAGUAUUGAACUCUCUGGAUCUGAGGAGUUUUCGUCCCCUGCAAAUAGUCUUCAUAAUUCCAUUUCUACAAGUUCUCUGACCAACAUGGCUACCGUAAACUCAUCACCAAAAUGUCCUCCUUCAUCUCCGAAAUUAAUAUCCUCUGGGGUAUGUGGUGCUGUAGCACCUGACAUUCAACUAAAUGAAUCAUCACUUACCCUAGAUAAUCACAAAUAUGAUCUCAUGAAGGAUACACAUUUAUUGUCUUCAGAUCAUUCCUUGUGCAAUAAUACACUCAAUACAGUCGACUCUACUGGUAAACUUACAUCAAAACGUGUUGGAUUGGUUGAUUCCAGUCUUGAACUUUCCUCCGAUAGUCAUCCAAAUUCUAGGAGUAAUGCUGACUCACAAUUGCAUGGUUCGGAAGAUUUUAGGAAGCGUGCCCGUAUAUCUUCGGAAAAUUCACGACCUGUUGUUUUUACUUCAUCUGCCCAGUAACCAUUACGACAAAAAAAACAACUUCUUGUUCUCAGAAAAUCAAGCAAACUUUCACUAGUCCCUUGUAAUUAUUUAUUUCUGUUUUCCAGUGUCGAUGGUCUCUCUCUCUAUAUAUAAACAGACAUAAUUGGUGUAUUAAUUUCAGUUGUUUGAUGUUCAAAUCUAUUGGAUUGCCUUAGUUGACUUUUUGGUUAAUAAUACCUACCAUAAUCACCAUCCUCACUUGUGUGCAUUUAAUCUGACGUUUGUUUCAUAUUUGCAAGUUUGUAUUAACUCGUUGGUCUAUUGUUAUUUUCGAUUAACGGUUUUUACCUGUUUUUGCGUGGGGGAGAAAACAUGAAGUCUCAGUCACUACCACCGUUUUCAUCAUUUUCCUUGAACUGAAAAUUCUUCACAAAUGUGCAAAUGUUUCCUUAUAACAAGUAUAGGCAAGUUUUAUCGUGUAUUUAUUUGUUAAAAUAUGUAUGAAUGAUAAAGCAUCCAGUACUUUUUCAUGAGUUUUGUCUUUUUAUCAUUACAUGUAUUGCAAAUGUUAACUUGUUAUAUUUCAAGUUUACUAGCUUUACUUAUGGCCUUCUGAAAUCUAAUGUCUGGUUUUAAAUAUUAUUCAGUAAGCUUGUACAGAUUUAUCUUUGUUUACGCCUUGAUCUGUAGAUUAUGGCGCGUCUUCUGGUUAUCCAUACAGAGUACAUAUUGAAGUCAGGUUAUUUGGAAGGACUACUUACCAAUGUGGUUCAUCAAUGAGCACAUUUUGUCCCAGACUGAUAUAAGUUAGAAAUGUAAAUUAUUGAACUCCCAUUUUGUAUUUUAAAGGUAUCGUGGUUACUUCGAAACCUGAAUGUCCUUCUUUGGGAGUUUUAGGUGACCGUUACUGAAGCAUUUCAGAAUAAGACCACUGUCUAUUUUCCAUGGUAUUCACUGGUUCUCCAGCUAAUAUCCGGUUGUAAUAGAAAACGCUUUUCAUAAUAAUAAUCCGUGUUUAUAGCUCCUUUGAAGAUGCAUUAAUUAAAAUAGUUCUCUGUUGAUCGAAUCAAUUUGGGGAUCUGUCGUACCGAGGUUUGCCAGGUGAAGCUUUAUAGAAAUCUUGUUACAAUGUGAUACGAACCAACAACUUUCAUUUUAUCAACAGAAGUAACCGAUUUUGAGAACUCAGGAUUCUCUUAACUCAGUAUAUCAAGUGAUUGAAUAUUUUUAAAUCUUAAAAGUUGUUAGUGAAUGUCUCUGAUCAUUUCACACACACGUAAGUUUGACGAGUUUUAUCACAUGUCACAUGAAUUCUGGAGCAUAAAAUGAUAAUUUUAUAUUCGAGUAGAAACACAAGAAACAAAUCCCUUAAAUUUACGCAUGAUUAUGUACGUACUACGAUUUUUGUAGCUUCCUCAUCUACAGAACUCCGUUAAAGUAACUUACUAAAUCUGACGAAAAAUAUGAAAAUGAAAAGUUUACUAGAAAAUUUAAGUUAUCAUAUCCAGUUAUCUACAUCUUUAAAGAAAGUUGAAUAAUAAUACUCAAGAGAGAAAAAUGCUCACAAGAACUUUUCAAUCCUAUAACUUCAAAUCAAGUAAAUUUCUAGUUCAUGUUAUUUAAUUAAACGUAAAGCAUUUCAGAAAUGGUUAGUUCAAUUCAAACAACCCUGAAGACAAAAUCAAAUAUUGUGGAUUAGAUGUGCUUGUUUAUCAAUGAAGCAUUUUGUCACAUUUUGUAAAGUGAAUAUGAUAGGUUGAUCAUAUUCCAAAUUUACAUAGGCUAUAUAACAUAAUCCUCAAUAUUCACUCAUUUUAAGAUGUACAGUGACCAGUCAAUUUUAAAACGGUAUUAGCAACUUCUUUUUCAACCAGUAGGUUACAAAUACAAACCCAAUUCCGGAUUGCACCAUUAACCGUCAAAGAUGGUAUGACUCGGUCAGAUGCAAAAAUUUCCGCUUGGUAAAUGUGUUUUAUUUAUAAAACUGAAAUUUUUUUUAAAAUUUGUGCAAAAGACCAAAUCACUUCCUAGUUUAAUGAAAAAAUGAAUGGCUUGUUUAAAUUUAGACACUUUUUAGUUGAGAUUGUUUUGUAAAAUAACGUAUUUCAGCUUGCUAGAGUUUAGCUGGUUGAAUUCACUUAAUUUUUUUAUAACUAAAAUAACGUGACUUUCUAUUUGGUUUCAGAUUGAAAUGCCGACGACUGUCAUUGUGGCAAGUGCGCAUCCAAUAAUCUCUGAGUAUUCUAUAUGGAUACGUGGUUGUAAAAGUUUGUGUUCUGGUGUCUGCAUACGUGUGUUUGAACGUUGUGUGUAUGUGUGUGUGUGCGCGUCUGCGUGUGUAUAUGUUCAACUAUAGUCUGCGAAAAAUUGUAUGUUUGCACAUUUGAUUGUUCUUCGUCUGUUUUUUUCUGCUUCUUUAAUUAUUUAGUUCCUUAUAUACUGCUGUUCUGACAUUUGGCAGUCGUCAUGUCUGAUUUCUUUUAUUCCUUAUUUGUAAACAUUUUUGUCGUCUUCUGUUUGCUCUUUUUGUUUGUUCGUUUUUCAAGUUUUUGUAUGUAGUUCUCUAAAUAUUAGAUAAAUUUCUUUAUUAUUUUGGCUUUUUUCCUUUUGUGGAAAUAUUUCACUUUCAAAGAAGCAAUUGUAUUUCAUACUGUCAAUUAAAACUUAGUUAUAAGUUGUUGACAUGGCUACU